GAUACUACACUACAGACACUGCGCAAGGCGGGAAGAAGAAAUAUUACAGAAUCGUUUUCGGGAGCUUCAGCAUAUUUAUUUUACAAAAGCUGCAGACACUGCCCCAAGUAAAUCUGUAUUACAAAGGAUGUAAUAUUUACGGAAAAUGAAACCUGGUUUUGUGUCUCAUGAUGCAAAUGUUAAGUCAAAAGCUGCAGGUAUCCAUGAAAAAACAGAAAAAAACAAAGGGACAGUAAAAAAUACAGAAAGAGUUGCUGAGUAUUCAGAAGCAAAAUCCAAACCGUUUGCUGGAAAAGUGUUUUAUUUAGAUCUUCCAUAUAAAAAAACAGCAGAAGCACUGGAGAAAGAUAUUCAGGGGUUUGGUGGGACAAUAGAAAGGUUCUUUAGCAAGGACAUCCGCUACCUCGUUUCUAACAAAAAGGAGGCAAGAUUUGCACAGUCCCUUGGACGAAACUCCCCUGUACCGAGCCCAGAUUCUGCUAACAAUGCAGGUAACAGUUCUCCUCAUCCCAGCAGUCGAAGAGGCAGCCAUAAAGGGAGCUCCCAUAGUGCUGUGGACACGGCACUAACUAGUAGAGGAAAAUCGUUGGUGAAAAAAGUAAUUAAGGAACAGGAACUGAUUCCAGCCAAUAGAAUCUUGUCAAAUGCCCUGGCCUGGGGAGUCAAAAUACUGUAUAUCGAUGAUAUAAAAUUGUAUAUUGAAAAAAAGAAAAAAGAGCUCCCUACACUCUACAAGGAUCCUGUUCGCACAGAGACGGCCAAGAAAACCCCUGUGGAAAAACCUGCUGCUAGCAAAGUAAAAGCUGGAAGACUAACACAGCCAUUUUUAAAGGUUGAAGAUAGAAGUAGGCACUACAGGCCAAUAUACCAAUUGCUGCCUAAUUUACCAGAGAUCAACUUCAGCAACUCAGUUCCUUGUUGUCCUUUUGAUUUGGAGAAAAAAAGCAAGGAAGGUGACAGAAAAGAUCAACAUGACAGCAAAAGCAACAAAAUGGCGAAGGAUCAAGACUGCGGUAUGAAAUUAAAGGCCAAGGUCAAAAUCAAAGCUCAGGACCUGAAAGUAAAAAAGAAGAAAGGCUUCUGUGAAUGUUGUGUGUUGAAAUAUGAAGAUAUGAAUGAUCAUAUUAAAAGUGAGCGUCACAAGGCAUUUUCAACAAGCAAAGAGUAUGAAGUUGUGGAUAAAGUGAUCUCCCAGUUCGUCUGUGAUUUUGUUGAAUUCAAAAAGCCAAAGAAAAGGGUGAAGUGCAGUUUGGGUGCUUCUGUUCAGACUCCAACAGCUGGGAUAAAUAAUGAUGGAAGGCAAGAAAUCAUCACUGGAUUUGCAAAAAGUAAAGGGAGGCAUAAUUCAUUAACUCAUGAAGAUUUUUGCUGUGAAGACACAGCAGGUGCAUCAACUUUGUGGAAUCCUACUGCUGAAUCUGUUACUUGCACUGCAGACAGCACUGUACAUGCAACAAGUAACGGUCACUCAUGUGAUUCAAGCAUUCUUAUAAGGAUGAUUCCUGAAAAAAACAUUCCUGACACGCAAAUAUCUGCGCAGUUUCACAAUCCUAGCCGGAGCAAUCUGUUGACUAAAAAUCAGUUGAACACCCCAAAACGAGAAACAAAUAACUUGAUUUCAAAACGGCAGGAUACUGCAAAUUUUCAAACUGAAAAAGAAACAGUAUUGAAUUGUGGAUCAGCUUAUGUUGGAAAAUUCUCAGAAGCCCAUGUACGCCUUUGUAGGACAGAUGUUGCUUUUAGUUUAAAUAAACAAACUAGGAAAAGAAGUGCAUGUGAAAGCAGUCCAAAACAAAAGCAUAAGCAGAAUAUUUCUCAAAAUGAAACCAAAUACCUCAAAAUGUCUACAACUGGUCUUCCUGAUACAGAGUCUGUGGAAAGAAAAAUGCAAAAUGAGCUGUUCAUUCAGAGUGCUGGAGAUCCAGUUCAAGAAGCUGUUGUGGAAGAACAGUCAACAGAUAUUGGUUGCAGCCCUAGUAGAACACGUUCUUCACCUUCUGUAAAAUUACAAAGGAAAGUCAAAGUACUCAAAAGAACUAAAAAGAGAAAUGAGAAACAAACACAACACGUGUUCAGCGAACAGAAAAAGGAGGAUCUGCUGAGGCAGAACGCAUGUAUGUUGAGUCCUGCCACUGAAGAUUUGUGGCAGCUAUUCAAAACCAGUGAAGAUAUGGACUAUGAGUUUGCGGGUUUUUCGUUUUCUACUAAAUGUGAAAAAUCAUCUUCUGAAUCUGUCCCUGAUGAAUGGCAACCUAAGCAUGCACUCUUUUCACUAUUCACAGAUGCUGCUUCAUCAGCAUCAACAUUUCCAGGCUUCUAGAUUGUAACUAGAAAUAUAGUAUUACCUUAACAAGUACACUUUUCACAGUGUAACCUUCCCCUGUGUGGAAUGUGCUGAGCUGGAGUUGCCAUGGAUGCUAAAACUGCCAGUUUAUGCCCAUCGCUGUUUAUUUGUGAUAAAUUGGCAUUGGCUUUGUAUGUUUAGCGAUUUUUGUGCUGGAUUGAAAGGUAUAAUUUAAAAUCUCCAAGCAUAUAUUUAACUUGACAGUAUAAAAUUCUUAAGUUAUCCUUUUUUACUGGAUACAUCUUUUUAGCAUUUAUAUUGUAUCCUUUGUAAUUAAAUGUACACCUGCUGUGUGUGUGUGUGUGUAUAUAUAUAUAUA